AUGGAUCAGUUCUACAAUGCUGCCACUGCCGGAACAGCAUCAGUUGACGAUAGCUGCGAAUCAACGUCGCAAUCCAGGGAGAAUGCUUCUAGUUCGAACGCUAGAACUUCCUCUCGUUGUAGCGGUCUUGAAAUGUCAGCUACUAGCAAAAGUUUGGCUGACAGUAUACCCAAUACAGAACUAGAUGAGGACGCAUUCGAUACUUGGAGCAACUUGUCCUCCCAUCUACGUCUACGUGACCGGACAUCAGGCAAGGAGCAGCCUUGGACAUAUGGACCAGGGCAGGAAGAGGUACUGGCCGCGCCACAGGCAGAGCAGCUCUACGAAGCGAUUGUCAUGUCAGGGAGGCUCGAUGCAGGGAGAAGUCCUUUCAGUGAGCCAAGUAGUCAUGCUGAAUCUGGUCCAGAGGCUGCUGCGAGCUUUCCAGAUUUUGGCCAUGUUAAGAUGUGCAGCUGUGCAUGGAAUGUGUGGUACACGGGUCAGUGUCACGACAGCGAUGAAGCACGCUCUGCCAUUUUGCCACCUGAGCCAUGCGAAUCGGGGGUGCAGGCCUCCACGCGCCGUUUCGCUGCCGAGACAAGGAUGCCUUGA